UGUAUCUUAAAACACUACCUUUUUUCCCAGCAUAAAUAAGAAACAGAACCACAUUAGCCAAAAAGAAACAAACCCGUAAUCUUCCGGAAUUCCGCUCCCUGUUACAGUCUUCGGUUUUGGCCGUUGGCUUUAGUCGGAGAAAACAAACUGGGAUUCUGCUGUUUCGGAAACAACGUCCCUACACGGCAGUGACUUUGUUGUUCUCCGGUUAUUGCCAACACCAAUAUGAACACUAAUUAAUUACUAAAAACAAAAACAAUUUUAUUUUCAAGCUGCUGUAACCUACCUUGCCUACCUUUUACAUUGCUAUUUAUCAUCUUCAUUUUUCUCAUUGACCGUCUUUGAAUAAUUUUUCUUUAUUUCUCGAUUUGAUUCAAUGGGGGAAGAUGUUUCGGAUCCUGUUGUAUUUUUGCAUGGCGACCUUGAUUUGAAAAUCAUCGAAGCUCGAUGUUUGCCAAACAUGGAUUUAAUGGCGGAGCGUCUCCGUCGAUGUUUCACGGUGUUCGACGUGUGCAAAGCCCCGUGUACUAGAGGAAAGAAGAAGAACCACCGCCACCAUAAUAUCAUCACCAGCGACCCUUACGUAACGGUUUGCCUAGCCGGUGCUACGGUGGCGCGCACGCGCGUGAUUUCGAAUUCCCAAAACCCGAUUUGGAACGAGCGCUUCAAACUAGCCCUCGCCCACCCCACAUCUCAAAUCGAGUUUCACGUUAAGGAUAAUGACUUGUUCGGCGCUGAUUUAAUCGGAGUCGCAACGGUGCCUGCGGUUAAGGUUCUCUCCGGUGAAACCAUUAGCGGUUGGUUCCCUAUAAUUGGUUCUUAUGGAAAACCGCCUAAACCUGACUGCGCAGUUCACCUGGAAAUGAGAUUCAUCAAAUGCGAGGAAAUGCCUUCAUACAGAUAUGGAAUGGCGGCAAACCCAACGGAAUUCGGAAUAAGAAACUGUUAUUUCCCUGUUCGGCACGGGGGUUCCGUUACUUUAUACCAAGACGCGCACAUCCAGGAAUCGAUGGUGCCGGAGAUUGAAUUGGAGAAUGGAACCCUGUUUAAGCACGAGUCGUGUUGGGAAGAUAUCUGUCACGCAAUUUUAGAAGCGCAUCAUUUGGUUUACAUAGCCGGAUGGUCGAUUUUUUCGCACGUGAAGCUUGUAAGAGAGCCGACACGGCCAUUGCCAAACGGUGGGAAUUUGAGUUUAGGGGAUUUGCUGAAGUACAAGUCGGAAGAAGGGGUUAGAGUUUUGCUGUUAGUCUGGGAUGACAAGACUUCCCAUAGCAAGUUUUUCAUUAACACGGCAGGAGUGAUGCAAACUCAUGAUGAAGAAACCCGGAAGUUUUUCAAGCACUCAUCGGUUUCAUGUGUAUUGUCACCCCGUUAUGCCAGCAGUAAACUUAGCAUUUUCAAACAACAGGUUGUUGGAACCCUAUUUACACACCAUCAGAAAUGUGUGAUUGUGGAUUCUCAAGCAUCUGGAAACAAUAGAAAGAUCACUGCUUUUGUUGGAGGUCUGGACCUUUGUGAUGGUCGCUAUGAUACACCUGAACAUAGACUGUUUCGGGAUCUUGAUACUGUAUUUCAAAAUGAUUAUCACAACCCAACAUUUUCUGCAGGAACCAAGGGCCCAAGGCAACCAUGGCAUGAUUUACAUUGUAAGGUUGAAGGGCCAGCUGCUUAUGACAUUCUUACCAAUUUUGAGCAGCGCUGGAGGAAAGCUACAAAAUGGUCGGAGUUUGGACUUAAAUUCAAAAGGGUUUCUAGGUGGCAUGAUGAUUCUUUAAUAAAGUUAGAACGGAUUUCUUGGAUACUAAGCCCUUCCGCAAAAAUUGCAAAUGAUGAUCCUUCAUUAUGGGUUUCCAAGGAAGAAGAUCCAGAGAACUGGCAUACUCAGGUUUUCCGCUCUAUAGAUUCAGGAUCUGUGAAAGGGUUCCCGAAGAAUGUGUUUGAAGCAGAAUCCCAGAAUCUUGUUUGUGCAAAAAAUCUGGUGAUAGACAAGAGCAUUCAGACAGCAUAUGUGCAGGCAAUUAGAGCUGCUCAGCACUUCAUAUAUAUUGAGAACCAAUAUUUCAUUGGAUCGUCAUACGGUUGGCCAUCUUACAAAGACUCAGGUGCUCAGAAUUUAAUUCCUAUGGAAUUGGCCUUGAAGAUUACUAGCAAGAUAAGGGCAAAAGAAAGAUUUGCUGUUUAUAUUGUUAUACCAAUGUGGCCUGAGGGUGACCCUACUUCAGCCUCCGUGCAAGAGAUACUCUGUUGGCAGGCACAGACAAUUCAAAUGAUGUACGGAGUCGUAGCACAAGAAUUGAAAUCCAUGGGUAUCGAGAAUUCUCAUCCACAAGACUACCUAAAUUUCUACUGCCUUGGUAAUAGGGAAGAAGUUCCCAAAAAUGUGAAGGUAAAUCACUAUUUUCAGGUUUCAGCUUCACAAAAGUUCCAACGGUUUAUGGUUUAUGUACAUGCAAAGGGAAUGAUAGUAGAUGACGAGUAUGUGAUAUUGGGGUCUGCCAAUAUUAAUGAACGAUCUUUGGCUGGAUCAAGGGACACUGAGAUAGCAGUGGGUGCAUACCAACCCUAUUACACAUGGGGUGAGAGGAAAAGACAUCCACACGGUCAGAUUUAUGGAUAUAGAAUGUCACUGUGGGCUGAACACAUGGAAAAGGUGGAUGAUUUGUUUAAAGAACCUGAAAGUUUAGAUUGCGUUAAGGCUGUGAACAAUAUUGCUGAAGAAAACUGGAAAAGCUACACGAGCGAGGCAUUUACGCAAUUACAGGGACACCUACUCAAAUACCCCAUUGAGGUAGAUAGCAAUGGUAAAGUAAGCCACUUGCCUGGACAAGAGACCUUCCCGGAUGUCGGUGGCAAGAUACUUGGAACUCGAACAACACUUCCUCGUUCUCUUACCACAUAGGUUUCAAUGUUUUCCAUGUUCAUAUCCUUGUAUGGGUUCAGUUCAACACCGAAGAACGGGAAACAAGGUGGGGGUAGGCCUGGUUCAUCCUACAUAUAUAUAUUGUGCAGAUAAACGAUUGUUUGGGUUCAAUUCAAAAACAGAAGGGGGACAGGGCGGGGAAAGUCUAGCUCUUCCUAUAUAGACUGUAGAUUGCAGAAGCAUCCUUGUGUUAACAGAGGACUGGGUUGAAUUUCAUGUACAUGGUCGGUUUAAUGUGAAACCUUAGGCAUUGCAAUCACCAAAAUCUAUACUAAUUGACAAUUUUUUGUAAUUCUUCCAACUAAUUUUGAUGUAGCACAUAUCCAUCAGAGAAAGGGAACAUAAUAAGAGGAUAUCCACGCAAUUGAAUAUCAAUAUAUUAACAGUCAAUUAGCAGUUUAGCACCGUCAUACGGGCAAAACAGCCUUGAGGAAAUUUUACACAGAGUUACUAGUGUUUUCACGCUAAAGAGCGUUUUGUUUUUUAUUUUUUAUUUUUUUACAACUACCCUGGAAAUACAAAGUGUCUAAAGUAAUUAACUUCACCAACACAGGCAAAGGGCAAAGCUAUAUACAAACAUGACCGAAAUCAGUUUCCCAGUAUGAGCAAAGAAAUGUACGCUUUAUGAGCCAUCAAACACAUUACCGUCACCAUCGUCUUCUUCAUCGAACAACUUGAAUCCAACAUCCCAUUGGCCAUCCCUUUUAUAAUUGAAGCUGGGGUUGACAUAGCAUUUCAUACCAUGGAACAGAUUCAAAUUAUCCACCAGCUUGUGGAAAACAUUGCAUCCACAACACUG